AUGGGUGAUGAUGGUAGACACCAUCACGAAUUUCGAGCACGGCGUGUGGAUGGAACUAAUCCCGAUGGUUUGGAAGAUGCUGCUGCACAAAGUCGACUUACACACGACCGAAUGUCAGCGGAAGAAUCUCGAUUAUUUCCUGAUAUUUGUAAAGGUGAUAUUAAACGGCAUAAAGCAUUUUUGAUUAUCCGAAAUAAUAUCCUUCGGAUGUGGUUUGAUGAACCUCGAGUUCAACUCGUCUUGGAAAAAGUCAUGGAGAAAUUGAGUCAGAUCGAACCGCGAUAUGCUGCUGAGGAACGUGUUCUUGCUGGAAAAAUUUUUCUGUAUCUGGAACGUUACGGCUACAUUAAUUUUGGAGUUUUCAAACGAAUUACAGCGCCACUCGGAAGUAAAAAGGAACAACCACGAGUUAUCAUUAUUGGCGCUGGUAUUGCUGGAAUAAUCGCUGCUCGUCAAUUGCAGUAUUUUGGAUUCGAUACUAUCGUUCUCGAAGGACGUAGUCGUGUUGGUGGUCGCAUUGCCACAUUUCGCAAAAACGGCUUUAUCGCCGAUUUAGGUGCUAUGGUCGUCACAGGAUUAGGUGGUAAUCCAGUUUCAGUAUUACAAACUCAAACGAAUCUUGAUCUCGUUCCUGUCAAACACAAAUGUCCCAUGUACGAAUGCUCACAGAAUGUGGUACCAAAAGCCAAAGAUGAAGUCGUGGAAAGAGAAUUCAAUCGACUGCUCGAAGCAUGUUCGUAUUUGGCUCAAACACUCGACGAAGAUAUCAAUGGAAAGAAACAGCCCUAUUCCUUGGGUGACAUUCUCGAACAAUUGAUUCGUGCUCAGGAGAAAGCUGUCAGAGAAAAAUAUCUUCAACAUCUACGAGAAAUCACCAAAAUGAAAGAAUCACUUCAAGCCAUGUUAACAUCAAUGUGUGAAGCUCGAAAUAAAUACGUUGCAUUGGAAAAAGAAUAUACCGAUGUCCUACACGCACCGGAUAAUGGAAAUAUACUUGAAGAAUUCGUGAAACGUGAUGUAGCGAAUAAUUUAGCCGUUGCUAAAGGGGAAUAUGAACGUCUUGAAGAACAAGCUAAACAAUUGAAAGACCAAAUUCGUUUAGCAGAAGAGAAUCCACCACCCCGUCUUUAUCUAAGUGUUGCUGAUCGUCGUAUUCUUGAUUGGCAUAUUGCCAAUUUAGAAUUUGCAAAUGCAGCACCGUUGAAUUGUCUAUCAUUAAAAUACUGGGAUCAAGAUGAUGAAUAUGAAUUUACGGGUUGUCACUUAACUGUACGCAAUGGAUAUUCGAUCUUACCAUUGGCACUGUGUGAAAACCAAAAUAUAAAAUUGAAACGGAUAGUCAAGAAGAUUUCUUACAAUAAAACAGGCGUUGAAGUCGUUGUUACGAAUGCAGAAGAUCCUAAAAACGAAGUACCUGAAACGUAUCGAGCUGCAUCAGUACUCGUUACUGUACCAUUGGGUGUAUUGAAAGAGAAUGUUAUUCAAUUCGACCCACCUCUGUUAGAAGAAAAACAAUCAGCAAUUGAUCGACUUGGCUUCGGAAACUUAAACAAAGUCGUUCUCUGUUUCGAUAAAGUAUUUUGGGAUUCGAAUCAUACUUUGUUUGCACAUGUCAAUGCUUCGACAUCAUCGCGGGGAGAAUUAUUUCUCUUUUGGUGUUUCACAAAACCACCAGUACUCAUUGCUUUAGUUGCUGGUGACGCAGCAAACGUCGUCGAAUGCGCCACCGAUGAUGUUAUUAUCGGCCGCACAUUAGUUGUUCUGAGAAAUAUCUUCGGUUCAGCUGCCGUACCUUCACCGAAAGAAUCGUUAGUCACGCGAUGGAAAUCAGAUCCAUUUGCCCGUGGUUCCUAUUCAUAUGUUGCGGUUGGUGCUUCAGGUGACGAUUAUGAUAUUUUGAGUCGUCCGGUGGAAUGUCCUGGUGAUCGCGUUCCACGUUUAUACUUUGCCGGUGAACAUACAAAUCGAAACUAUCCAGCAACGGUUCACGGUGCAUUAUUAAGUGGCUUACGUGAAGCUCGACGUAUAGCUGAUGCUUUUCUUGGCUCGAUCUAUGAGGUUUCGGCACCUUAA